GAUACCCCUUUGCAAUUUUCUCCUUACAAUAAAAAUGAAAUCAAAGAUCAAUUAGCAUCACAAGAUAGAAAUUAUCUGAUAACUAGAAAAGAACUUGCUGCCAGGUAUAAAAUAUACAGAAAUUCAGGAAAAACUGAUCCUAAAGGGUUUCAUAAAAUACAACAAUUAGUUAAGGAUUGGGUAGCAAUUUGGAACAAUAACUUAAAAGAUUCAAUACUUGGAAGAAUUAUACCGUACUUUCCAAACAUAAACAUUAAUGCCUCACCAUCAGUUAAUAG